AUGGCGGUGAGUGGACCUGCUGGGAUAUUAACGUUCUACUUACUUUCCGCUCUCGGUUUUUUCGACUUUUUCAAAAAGAAAAACGGUUCGAACGUUGUCGCCGUGAACGAGGAUUUAAUCAAAUACAUAAUCGGAUCCCUUUCCUCCAUCGUCGCCCUGUUUUUCCUACUUUUGAAUCCCGCCGAACAAAUCGUCAUGGACGUGAGAAGAUUAAACAUUAAUUUUACGUUCGAUGAAAAUUCUAGAAAAAAACCCGACGAACCGUAA